AUGUCGCUUCUCGAUCUGCCUAACGAGCUCAUUUCCCGAAUCAUCUCCUUCCUCGACUCACCCAGCCCGUUCGACGAGUUACUACUUCACAAACCAAUCUCAUGGCGGAACAUCAAACGACCAUGGCAGGUUGAUGAUCCUGACGACACCACUGACGGCUCACUGUACUGGCAUGAUCCUCUCAAACAACUCUCUUUGACAAGUCGCCUCGCCCGAUCACUGACACUACCAAUCCUGUUCAAGUAUGCGGUGCUGCAUCCCGCUCGGCUCACCAGCUUCUUGGUCUUCCUGAAGGAGCAGGAUCUGAUUCACCAUGUUUCGAGUGUCGUGGCCGAUGUGCCGGGCAUUUACAAUCAUCUCCAUCCUGCAUGGUGGGCCCGGUUACUGAACGAAGUCCCUAUCGCUAGGCUGAGCAUUUUCGCACCCCCAGAAGUCCUUGCCCGACUGGCCGACACCCCUUCAUGCACCUCUGAUGCCUGGGCAUUUGACAUGGGCUCGCAGAUCCUGAGAUUCGAUCAAUCUGCGGAUGAGAUUCGAGCCCAGAUCGACUAUGAUAACCUCCCCAACUUCCUUGUGGCCCGGCCGUGGACCAAGAUGACAUUUAAUGAAGGGUCUAGCCUUCUUGCAUACACGACGUACGAAUUCUUCUUGAGACGGACGCCUUCACUGCUGACCACCCUGCACGUCAACAACUCUACUGCCGGCAACGCCAUGUUUGCGAAUCUGCUAAGCUUCGAGUUCAUUGCCAUCUUUCCCUUCUACAACCACGUGGACGAAAUCUUGAAGUGUAUUCGGAAGAUGGAGAAGCUGCAGAGGCUGUUCAUCAAGCUGUGUCCGGAACCCGACAGCACGGUAUUGCGGGACGAGAUUGAAGCAGCGGGCGGUCACCUGGAUGUCAAUGACCCAUGGAAUGAGUGUGAAACGUCAUGGAUGCUGAUUGCCCACACCGUGGUGUUUCUGACCAUGCAGGGUGCGCUGGAAGAGCUGCACAUGGACGACGUCAAAGUUGAGGGAGUAAGGAGCACUCUGGAAUCCAGCUUGUCUGCUCGCUUGCAACAGUGGUGGGCGUACGGGGGGGAAGGUUCUGGCUUGUGGCGACGAAAGAGCACAAGUCCAAUGGCUCCAAUGUUUGCAUUGUACUAG